AGGGAAUCCGAACAAAAAUAUAUCGUAAUUUUACAAUAAAAUAAUCCAUUCCGCAGUGCCGCUCCCGUCUUCCUUAAAUAGAAGUAUCCGAAACCCAAAAUUCCCUCCUCCGAAAAAAGAAAAAUCUAAAAACGGUAGGAAAAUAGUCGAACUGAAAAAAUAACCCAACCAAAACCGCUAAAAAGAAGAUGACCGAUUACGAAGCCAGGUACCAAAGCAGCGGAGAGGACCUAGAAAACAGCUACGGCGGCGUUCCCUCUCCUCAGCCUCGCGAAGGUAGUCACGGCGGCCUUGAUGAUCAACGCGGUUCCAAAUCUCAGCAUGGAACUGGUGAUUAUGAGAAAGGGUCUUCUAGAAGUAGGGAAAAGGAGAAAAGCCGCGAUAAGGAAAGGGAGCAGGAUCGUGAUCGCCACAGGGACCGGGAAAGGGACAAGGACAAGGAGAAAAAUAAGGAUAGGGAUAGGGACCGAGAAAAGGAUCGUGACCGUCAUAACAGAGAUCGUCAUAGGGAUCGAAGUAGGGAACGGAGUGAGCGGAGGGAGCGGGGAAGAGAUUGGGACGAUGAUGACUAUCAUCGAAGUCGACACUAUGACAGACGAAGGGAUUUUGAUGGAGACAGGGAGGACAGGCACAGGCUCCAGUCUCGUCCAAGGGGUAGAUCUGAACACAGAUCAAAUUCAAGGUCCCGCUCUCGCUCACCCUCAAAGAGCAAAAGGAUUAGUGGUUUUGACAUGGCACCUCCUGCUUCAGCAAUGUUAGCUGCUGGUGCUGCUGGUGCUGCUGUUAGUGCUUCUGCCAUUACAGGCCAGAUUCCUGGGACUAAUCCAGCCCUACCUGGAGUGUUUCCAAACAUGUUUCCUCUAGCAACUGGUCAGCAGUUUGGGGCUCUCCCUGUUAUGCCAAUUCAGGCAAUGACUCAGCAGGCUACUAGGCAUGCUCGUCGGGUCUAUGUUGGAGGGCUUCCUCCUACAGCCAAUGAACAGUCAGUUGCAACCUAUUUCAGUCAGGUUAUGGCUGCAAUUGGUGGAAACACUGCUGGUCCAGGGGAUGCUGUUGUUAAUGUUUACAUAAACCAUGAAAAGAAGUUUGCUUUUGUAGAGAUGAGAUCCGUUGAGGAAGCCAGUAAUGCAAUGGCUUUAGAUGGGAUUAUCUUUGAGGGAGCACCUGUGAAGGUGAGGAGACCCAGUGACUAUAACCCCUCGCUUGCUGCAACCCUUGGUCCGAGCCAACCCAAUCCCAAUCUUAAUCUAGCGGCUGUGGGUCUAAGUCCAGGUUCUGCUGGUGGGCUUGAGGGUCCGGACCGUAUUUUUGUGGGAGGACUUCCCUAUUACUUCACAGAAGCACAGAUCAGGGAGUUGUUAGAGUCUUUUGGGCCUCUACGAGGUUUUGAUCUGGUAAAAGAUAGAGAAACGGGAAACUCAAAAGGCUAUGCCUUUUGCGUUUAUCAAGAUCUGUCAGUUACAGACAUUGCUUGUGCUGCUCUAAAUGGAAUUAAAAUGGGUGAUAAAACUCUCACUGUUAGGCGAGCAAACCAAGGUACUACCCAGCCUAAACCUGAGCAAGAGAGUAUACUCCAGCAUGCACAGCAGCAGAUUGCUCUGCAGAGGCUUAUGUUGCAACCACAAGGUUUGCCCACAAAGGUUGUCUGCUUGACUCAAGCACUCAGUGAAGAUGAUCUUAGAGAUGAUGAGGAGUAUGACGACAUUGUUGAAGACAUGAGACAAGAGGGUGGGAAACAUGGUGUAUUGGUGAAUGUUGUCAUCCCCCGCCCAAAUCUAAAUGGCGAACCAUCAGCAGGUGUUGGGAAGGUAUUUCUUGAGUACUCGGACGUUGAAGGUUCCAGAAAAGCCCAAGCUGCAAUGAACGGGCGGAAAUUUGGUGACAAUCAAGUUAUUGCCGUGUUCUACCCAGAGAACAAGUUUGUGCAGGAGGAGUAUGAUGCCUAAUAAUGUUCUGCGCAAUGCAUUUAGCGUUAUAGUUGGGAUGAUUCCAUGUUUAGGUUUAAAUAUAAGAUGGUUUUUGAAUUUUGUUGAUGACAGCCUGUGGUGUAAUUCUCUGCUAAAUUUUAGCUGUUAAACUGAACGGAACAGCGAACGGAAUGUGGCUUAAUAUAUUAAUCUAGUUUAGAGUUGGACGGAUGUGGUAACGUAGUGUU